AUGCGAUCUCCAUUAAGUGAGUACCUGUUCCUGCCAUGGCUGGGCGCGACUCUCCGCGGUCUACUCGUCCGACAGGCUCCAACCGCUGGAGCCCUGCUAUACACUAUGGCAGUUAUCAAUGGCAACGUCAACCCACUUUUCCUCACUGCGUUUUCGUUUUUGUUUUUGUUGGAAGCUCGAUUGUGGUUAGAAAUUGCUCGCCUGGUCCGCUCGAGAUGGGAGCAACGGGAGUACAACGCUGCCUCACUUGACUCAGAGUAUGAAGUGGAGACUCUGUGGAGCAAUGACGACGUCCAAAGCAUUGAAAUGCGCAACACAGUCUAUUGA